UUGUUAUUCAGAAAAAAUGUAACAAACGGAAAAAUGUCUAAUCUUAAAUUACCUCCUGAAGAGAUAUGAAUGCAAAAAGGGACCACAACCGCCAAUGACACCGACAAGAGUCAAAAGAGACGUCACUAAUAAAUAAACUAACACAUUUUCGAACAAGAAUCCAUAACGUUAACAUUCACUCACUGUCUAUCACACACACACAUGCUGUGUACUUCAUUAUUACUCUCUCUCACGCUCUCUCUUCUCUUCUCUUCUCUUCUUUAAAAAUCUCACACCAACUUCAUUGACAAAGAGAAGAAAACAACUCUCAAAAACAAAAACAUGAGCUACACUUUCUUUCUCCUUUUGCUCUCUCUUGUCCACUCCACUUUCUCUUCAUUAGCUCCUACGGAUCGAGCCGCGCUCCAAUCCAUCAGAGACUCUUUAACCGACAUGCCCGGUUCAGCCUUCUUCUCCUCUUGGGACUUCACAGUUCCUGACCCUUGUUCCUCCUUCUCUGGCCUUACCUGCUCUUCUCGCGGCCGUGUCACCGGCUUAACUCUUGGCCCUAAUCUCUCAGGCUCUCUCUCCCCUUCCAUCUCCAUUCUAACCCACUUAACCCAACUCAUUCUCUACCCCGGUUCAGUCACCGGUCCUCUCCCUCCUCGGUUCGAUUCCCUCCCUCUCCUUCGAGUCAUUUCCUUAACAAGAAACCGUUUAACCGGUCCUAUACCCGUAUCUUUCUCAUCUCUCUCAAAUCUCCACACUCUUGACCUUAGCUAUAACCAACUCUCUGGCUCUCUCCCUCCUUUUCUCACCACUCUUCCUCGACUCAAAGUCCUUGUUUUAGCCUCAAACCAUUUCUCCAACAACCUUAAGCCUGUCUCUAGCCCAUUGUUCCAUUUAGACCUAAAGAUGAACCAAAUCUCCGGCCAACUCCCACCCGCUUUCCCGACUACUCUCCGGUACUUAUCUCUAUCCGGAAACUCAAUGCAGGGCACAAUCAAUGCCAUGGAGCCAUUAACAGAGCUAAUAUACAUCGAUCUAAGCAUGAACCAAUUUACCGGCGCAAUCCCUAGCUCACUCUUUAGUCCCACAAUCUCAACAAUGUUCCUACAACGAAACAACUUCACAUCCAUUGCCACCUCAAACGCCACGUCAUUGUUACCUGAGGGCUCCAUUGUUGAUCUGAGCCAUAACUCAAUCUCCGGAGAGCUAACUCCCGCGCUUGUCGGAGCAGAGGCUUUGUUCUUGAACAACAACCGUCUCACUGGAGACAUUCCAGAGGAAUACGUCAAGAGCUUAAUCAACGGUACAACAAAACAGCUCUUCUUGCAACAUAACUACUUCACGAGAUUCCCUUGGAACUCUGGUCUCCAACUACCAGACUCUGUUUCGCUCUGUUUGUCAUAUAACUGUAUGGAGACAGAUCCAGUCGUUGGUUUGUCCACGUGUCCGAUCGAAGUUGCACCUCUGCUCUCAAGACCUGCUUCACAAUGUUCAAGAUUCUAUAAUCACAGCUCCACUGGUUAAAGAUCAGUUUUUCUUUGUUAUUUUUCUCAAAGAAAUUUGCAAAAAAUGACAAAGUUUUUCAUAAGCGUUAUCGACAAAACAAAAGUAUGACAUUUUAAGAAAUUGAACCGUUAUGUCUCCUAGUGUUUUCUUAAAAAAAUCAAAAGUUCAUAAAAAAGAUCUGUAAAACUGUGGUCCUCACGUGUAAAUGAGAUUGUAGUGUUUAUGGAAUAUAUAAUUUAUAGAUUGGUCCUUUUCUCUAUUUUUCUUCAUUGACAUAUAUGCCAUUUUGAUAUGAA